AUGAAGGGUCUUUUCAAAUCGAAGCCGCGUACUCCGGCUGAUAUUGUUCACCACACUCGGCAUCUCCUCCUCUACGCCGAUCGAUCCGCUUCCUUCCCUGACCUUCGAGAAUCCAAACGCAACGAAAAGCUAGCAGAACUAAGUAAGAGCUUACGAGAUUUGAAGCUCAUUCUCUACGGGAACAGCGAGGCUGAGCCUGUACCCGAAGCUUGUGCCCAGUUGACUCAGGAGUUCUUCAAGGACGAUACUCUUCGCCGGUUGAUCACAUCUCUUCCCAAUUUGAACUUGGAGGCCAGGAAGGAUGCUACACAAGUUGUUGCAAAUCUCCAGAGGCAACAAGUCAGUUCUCGUCUCAUUGCAUCUGAUUAUCUCCAAUCCAACCUUGAUCUUUUGGAUCUUCUAGUCCAAGGCUUCGAAAACACAGAUAUGGCGUUACACUAUGGUACUAUGUUUAGAGAGUGCAUCCGCCAUCAGAUUGUUGCAAAAUAUGUUUUGGACUCGCAGCACGUGAAGAAGUUCUUUCACUACAUACAGCUUCCCAAUUUCGACAUUGCCGCUGAUGCUGCUGCAACUUUUAAGGAACUUUUGACAAGGCACAAGUCUACAGUUGCUGAGUUUCUCACCAAGAACGAAGACUGGUUUUUUGCAGACUACAACUCAAAGCUUCUUGAAUCAAGUAAUUAUAUAACCAGACGACAAGCUAUUAAGUUGUUGGGCGAUAUAUUACUGGAUCGGUCAAAUUCAGCUGUGAUGACGAAAUAUGUGAGCUCAAUGGAUAACUUGAGGAUUCUCAUGAAUCUUCUGAGGGAAUCAAGCAAGACCAUUCAGAUAGAAGCGUUCCAUGUUUUCAAGCUGUUUGUAGCAAACCAAAACAAGCCUUCAGACAUCAUCAACAUUCUGGUGGCAAACAGAAAUAAGCUUCUGAGAUUGUUGGCUGAUGUCAAACCGGACAAAGAGGACGAGAGUUUUGAAGCAGACAAAGCUCAGGUGGUGAGAGAGAUUGCAAGCCUUAAGCCGCGAGAUCGUGCUUGA